AUGACUGAACAAAUAAACGUAGUCCUUAACGGAAGUGACUUCAGUGCUACAUAUUGGGACAACAAAAUGUUGCUAAUGAAUUGGACUGGUAAAAAAGGAACCAACCCUCCAUAUACUCUUGCUGAUGUCAUAUACAACCUGAAUCCAAACACAAAAGUCAUAUUUUUGUUGAGACAUCCAGUUGAAAGAAUCUAUUCUGAGUAUUUGUAUUUUCGAAAAAAGGAGAAAAAAAGUGCAGACGAUUUUCACGCAAAGAUCAAAGCCGCCAUACAGAGACACUGGUUUUGUUUAAAGAAACAUUGUCUGCGUUACUGUUCAUAUUUUUAUGUCAACGAGGGAAUUCGACUGGAGGUUUCAAUUUACCAUGUGUACAUAGAAGACUACUUGCGUGUCUUUUCGCGAAGCCAGGUUAAGAUAGUAAAGACAGACAAUUUUUCUACCAAUAUGAAAACUGUUCUAACAGAUGUCUUUAGAUUUUUAGAUAUCGAAAUACCAUCAGAAGAAACUUUGACCACUAUUUGUUCUUUUGGAAAGAAAAAUACAAACAUAAAGAAGUAUGAAAUGACUGGUCGUAUGUUGCCCGCGACAAACUUACUUUUAUCGGACUUUUAUAAAACACACAAUGAGAAGCUAAGAUUGCUCUUGAGAGAAAAUAUUGACUUCGAUUAAAUAUAUGCUUUAAUUAUAGAAAUACUUAUACACACUACACAACUCUAUAAGAGACCCGCACUGAUUUUCCUGUUCAUCUAAAAUCAUAUAAAGUUACACUGGUAAAAAUGCA